AUGCUAGAGAUGACAAUGGAGGACUUUGAUUUCUUGCUGGGGCUGGUAGAGCUGUACAUCGCAAGGUCCAAGCUCGCAGUGUCCUGGUGCAACAAGCCUUACAGAAAGAAGCACCCUGUGGCAGGCAGCUCCAUGCUUGACUGUGAGGGAAUGGAGAGCCAUGGUCUCCGCAACAUGCCUCCGGUGGAGCCCAUGGUGGUGGCACAUCUCCACCUGAAGACAUCGCUGUCCUUGCUGGGGGCCACACUCCCAACAGAGCGGACCGUUUCCGAUAAAGCAUACAAAGCGGCUGCACUGAUGGCUCGAGCCCUGUGUAUUCUGUCUCAGCCUAAGUUUUGGGCUGUAGAAGUCACAGCACUUUGCCUCAGGACCAAACUGGAAAAAGGGAGCUCCCGAUGUGUUGAGAGAGCCAUGAUGCAAACCCAGGUGAUAGUAGACCACUUUGAAGACAAGAACUGUCCUGUGACUGAGAGGCUCAAGGGGUUCUACUUCUGCCAAGCUCCAACCAGAUGGAAUGUCCAGAAACAGCUGGCCAGCCUGCUGAUGGACCUCGGCUGCAACAGUUCAGCUCUGCUUCUUUAUGAGAAGCUGGAGCUCUGGGAGGAUGCAGUUAUCUGCCAUGAGAGGCUGGGCCAACAUGGCAAGGCUGAGGAAAUCGUUCGCCGCGAGUUGGAGAAGAAGGAGACGCCCAGUCUGUACUGCCUCCUGGGAGACAUAUUGAGGGACCAUCAGUACUAUGACCGAGCAUGGGAGCUUUCGGGCCAACGCAGUGCCAGAGCCAUGCGCUCCAAAGCCCUGCUGCACCUUCGCAACAAGGAGUUCCAGCAGUGCGUGGACUGCUUUGAGCACUCAGUCAAAAUCAACACUAUGCAGCUCGGCGUGUGGUUUUCCCUCGGCUGUGCCUACUUUGCCCUGGAGGGCUAUGAGGGAGCUGCCAAGGCUUUCCAGAGGUGUGUGGGACUAGAGCCAGAUAAUGCAGAAGCGUGGAACAACCUCUCUACAGCCUAUAUUCGCCUCCAGAAGAAAAACAAAGCCUUUCGUACCCUGCAGGAAGCCCUAAAGUGUAACUUCGAACACUGGCAGAUCUGGGAGAACUUCAUCGUUGUAAGCAUUGACAUCGGGGAGUUUGCUGAAGCCAUCAGGGCCUACCAUCGCUUGAUGGACCUCAGGGAAAACUACAAGGACAUCCAGAUUCUACAAAUCCUGGUUCGGGCAGUUGUUGAAAACUUGAUGGACAGUCAUGGCGAGCAGGCAGUGACUCAGCAGUCCAAAGUGAAGGAGCUUUUGGGCCGGGUCAGUUCCCGCCACAGCAGUGACUCUGAGAUAUGGCAGCAGUACGCUCUGCUGUACGGAGAUGGACACAGCUCUGACCCAGAGGACAACGAAAAGGCUCUGCAGUUCUUGUCCAAGGCUCAUCGCUGCAAGGUUCAGACUGGUGGCUGGGAGAAAGAACCUGCUCUCUUCAAGGAGGUGAUCAAGAAAGCCAUCAAUAUGGGUGAAGUGACCAUCAGUUGCUGUAAGAAGAAGGCUAAUCCAACAGAAGCUGUACAGAUGCUCUCAUCCACCCGCCUCAGCCUCAAGAGUCUGGCCACUAAAGCUAAGCAAAUGCAUAUAGAUGUGGCCACGGGUCAGAUCCAUGGUGAGCUGCAGGACAGUGUCACUGCUCUGGAACAAGUCAUCACAGACCUGCAGGAGCUGAGUGGGAAGCUGCGUGACCAAUCACAGUGACCGUCUGCGCAGGAAAAAUCAGAAGCUGUGGCCCUGAAGGCUCCUAAGUAGUAAAGACUAAUCCGAAACAGACAGACUCAGCUGUAGGCAUCAGCUUUGUGUAUGGCCGAACGCCUUAAAAUCAAGAGUUUUACAUGUGACACUUGAGAAUAACACAAGGUUAAAUGAGAAUGCUUAAUGUUUUAUUUUGUAGUCAUGAUGUUUUUAUACCUCUAUAUCCACAUUGGACUGUAAACAAUGACUAUAAGCCAUCAAAGAAUAAAAUAUCUAAAAUUCUG